AUGAAUAAGAAUGUUGGCAAACUAGUGAGAAUAUGGAAUGAAUCAGAAGUUUUAAUUGAUAGAAAAUCAAAAUUUCAAGCAAGAUGUUGCACAUUACAGAAUCAGAAGGAUAUACCCUUCAUACUUCAGGAAUUAACUCAAAACAAUAAAAGCGUUUCUAAGGCAUCCCACAUGCACAUGUAUGCCUGGAGAACGGCCGAAAUAUCGAACGAUUUGAACUUUCAGCAAGAGCAGAAAAAGAAGAGCAGUAAAACUAAUAAGAGUAAUAAUAGGCAUGCUGACAAGUCAAAAAAGGUAACGAUGCAACCAAAGAACAUUGAGCAAGGAUGUGCUGACUGCGGCGAAGCUGGUGCUGGGCAACGUUUAUUGACUUUGCUUGAGAGAGCAAACAUAUUCAACGUCCUAGUAAUAGUGACCAGAUGGUACGGUGGCACGCCUUUGGGCUCAUCAAGAUUCAGACACAUUUCAACUUGUGCCGUGGAAACUUUGAAGAAGGGUGAAUUUCUUCCUUGA